AUGGCUGGGCAUGCUGGAGGUAUAAAGUGUUGCGCUAUUAGCCAGCAAGCAUCACUUGGACUGCCCACUGCUGCCACUGCGAUGUCUUCAGGACGACUCGGACAGUCUUCUGCACUCUCUGUCUGCGCUCAAGCUAGCAUUGCUGCGACAAACACGCUAUGCACGGGCGAUCAGGACCUGCUAUGGUUGGACGUCGAUCCGUCUGUUUCGCCAUCGGACGAUUGGUUCACCGAGAACUUCCCCGCGCCGCGAGAGGGAUCUCCGUUAGCCAACGUCUUCGGUGGAAGCUGUGUGCAAGAGACGCACACGGGAUAUAAGCAUACUGCCAUUGCCGGCAUAUAUCCGCACAUCGAAAGAUUUAUUCCGAGGUCGUAUUCCCCGUCCCCCGUAUAUCCCUCACGGACUGCCCACUGCUGGGACGUGUCGGCCCAGGAUGUACACAAGAUGUAUGAGGCUACCGACCCUUGGAUCGCUGGUGGUCUGGGCGGUCCUUCAUCGCCCCUGUACUUUGGUUCUCAAGGAUACAACAUGUCGUUGGGUUCAAUGGUGACGUGUUAUGCGCAAGGCACCCCGUACACUGUACACACACCCGCGGCAGCUACGUCUUACCAUCGUGUUCCCUCAACGACAGGCUUCUCCACGGGAGACCUCUCCUGCUCCAGCUCACCAGAGAGCCUGUCGUCCUUCCUUAGUCUCAGUCCCCCCGAUAGCUCCUCGUCCUACUUGUCGUGUUCUCCUUCGUCGUCGUACACGUCGCCGUAUACUCCGAGCAGUUCUGACAUGGGCCGCGAAUUGCCGGCACGUCGUUCAUCAGUACAGAAGACGACACGGAAGACGCCCUACUCUCGCGAUCCGCCGAAUUCUCGACGGCGGACAUCCCACUCAUCAUCAUCAUCCCCGUCCUCGAGCACCGACUCGGAGUCAGUGUCGCCCAGCGGUAAGCGGCGUCUUGCGCCGCCACGCAACAAGCAAGCCGCCGUUGACGUGACUGCUUUCAUCGAUGGGGGCUCAGCGGAAUGCCCGAUAUGCUCUCAUGUUCCUGCAGAGGGCAGUCCUGCUGCACUGCGGCGUCACCUUGAGACGCAUGACUGCACACUGUCCACGAAAGAGUGGGUGUGCUGUGGCGUGCCGGAGGAGUUGGCAGAUGGGUAUAACAUUCAGAAACCUGCGAAGCGAGUGUUGCAUAAAGGUCGGUGGAUGGUAGGAGGAUGUGAGGGUGUGUUCAGUCGGAAGGAUGCGCUACGUCGGCAUGUCAAGGAGCACAAGAAAGGGUGUGCUGGUGAUGUUGUAUAUGGUGAUACUUCAGGGUGGUUUGACAAGCCGUUCGAUGUUUCGAGUGGAUGUCAAGUGGGGACUUGA